GGCGGGGCUGUGAGGGAGCGGCCGGGGCUGUGAGGAAAAGGCCGAGUCGGGUCGGGGCGGCGCGGCGGGGCUGUGAGGGACCGGCCGGGGCUGUGAGGCGAGGGCGCUCUGGCAGGGGAGCGGUUCUCCGGCCGCUGAACUGAGGCGGCCCCCGGCGGCGGAGCGAUCGGUCUGCGGUACCGAGGGUGUGCGGCCGAGCCCCGGGCCCUCGGCGGCGCUGGCGGCCCCGGGCGGCCGUUGUAGCCGUUAUGGGCGCGGGGUUGGCGCCAGGGGCCCGCCCGUGCGGCCGCGGCCUCAGCGCUGGGCUGCUGGGUUUCUCGCUUUUCUGAACAUAAACUCCUUCCGAACUCAGCUUUCCUCCAACGUCAGCCUCUGAACCUGCUGCCUGACCCCACCUCAGGAUGGCAAAGCAAGAAUGUAAGAAUUCAAAAACAGUGGAAGAAGAGGACGUGCAGGAAGAUGAUAAAGACCAGAUGGCAGACCUGAACACAAUCUGCUCUGAAAGCACUUUUGAAGCUGAAACCCCAGAAGCUGUUGCGGGUGGUGGGCCGCUGAGCCCAGAGGGGGAAGGCAGCAGCCUCCUCCCGUCUGAAGAAGCUUGUGUGGGACCAGAUGGCUCCCACACCGUGACCUGCACGUUCACAGUGUCACUCGCUGUCCCUGCCCUGCCUACGGGACAAAUGCGAAAGAAAUCCAAUCUCCCUGAUAUGCAAGGAGAGAGAAUUCAAGCUGAUGAGUCAGGAGCUGUUCCAAGCACGCAGCGUUUCUAUCACAUUGAAUACUUCCUUCUACCAGAUGACCUUGUGCCUAGACAAGUGAAUUUGGGGUUGUUUGGGGUGGCUGCACAGCUAUUUACAGAGUCUGGUUCCAAGGCUAUUACACCAUGGUUUGAAGAUGACAAGAUGUGGAUAUCAUGGAACCAUAGUGUUGAUAUCGCUGUCACUAGUGAAUAUCUAAUAAAACUAAAAGAUCACAAAAUAAUAUUAAAAAUCUUGGAUACCAAGGACAAAGCUUUCUCAAAAAUGAAGCUUAGUAAACCAAAAGUUGUUUCUUCACUAGAAGAGGACACAGAGGCUCUUGCUGAGGUAAAACAUGCAGUGCUAUUGCAAAGAAAACUCUUUGAAGAGAGUCAGCCAGCACCCAGCUGUACAAAAAUCAGAGCAGCGAAGAAGAUUCUUCAGACCAAGGCACAAGAAGAUUCUUCAGCCCUUCCUGUUGAAGCAGAAGAAACUGAGCUGAAUGGACUAGAGACAUCUAAUUGUGAUUUACCACCUGCAUCAAGGACAGAUAACUUCUGUUCAGUGAGAAGUGAGAUAUUUGAAAGAAACAGAUUUCUGGAUGAGGCCUUUCUGCCAGAGCAGAACAAAACCACCACAAAAGGUAAAGGAGCUUCUGUUCCUAAAGGAGGUUCUGUUCCUAAAAGACGUGAUGCUGCCGUGGCACGCAACAUUGCUUCACUACAGUUGAAUCUCCUGCCUCUCCUUGCAGGAGAAAAAUCUGUGAUCAGUCGCCUGGCAGAAAACAAUCCUGAAGUUUUAGAUGCUUAUUUGACUUUCACUGUGGAAACACCUCUUCUGUCUGAAAGACAAAAACGUGAAUUGAAUCCCCUGGUUAUAAGGAUUAAAUCAGCUACCUGCCUCCCAAACACACCUGUACCAAUAGAAGUGCUGCAGAGGUUGUGUGUUCCCACCUACUGCAAAUACAAAUUUCACAACUUCCCACCUCAUCGAACUCAUGGACAGGUCCAUGGAACUCACGUCUACUUUAAGGAUGUUAAUGUACUUCUAACGGGGACAAUGGCACCUGGGGAAUUACAGCGGUAUCUUAGAGGUCCACCUUUGGAGAUCGAAGUUCAUGACCGGGAUAGAAAGAUGAAAAAAACCACCAAAAAGCCAUGUUUGUUUGGGGAGGAUGAGGCAGAUGAAGAAGUGGGCAAGGUGAGCUUCCUUGCUUGCACAUCCACAAUCUGUAAUUCUUUCAUGGAGAACAAACUGUGGCAUCCCCAUGGGGUAGCUAAAAUCAGUCUCACUGAUUUAUUGUUGGGUAGAAAGUACUUGGCUAUCCGUGCUUCCGUCCAUAAUUGUUCAGUUCCAGAUACAGCUGUUUUCAGCAUGGGGGAGGAAAAUGGAGCAAUAACAGAGUCAGUGAGUAAUUGUUCCCCACUACCUAUGGGACAUUAUCUAGAAUCAGACUCACUUUUGAAAGUAAGAGUGGAAAUAGCUGUGCCAUUGGGAAUGGAUGCAGAAAGUGAUGACGCUCAAGCCACAAAUUGCCCAUAUGGUUGUAUAAUCUAUGUUUUUGACUACAAAAAUUCAUCGUUAUUGUAUGAUCUGGUGAAAGAGAUUACAGAAAUCAAUGCUGAAGCCCUCCAGCUGGACUGCUGUCCUUUACACUCGUUUGGAAUGGCUCUUGCCGCAUUAAAACUGCAAACCACGCUUGAGGAAGUUUCUGAGUUGGAUAUUGUUACUGGUUUUCACUUAGUGGAUGGAGCAACUCAUCUCUUUGUCUUGGAAGGAUUAAAAGACAAAGCAAUCAAGAAACUAUGGGAUAAACACUUUGAAAGGACUCACAGACAUGGACAACUGAAAAUACUGUAUAACUCGGGCCUGUCCUUCCCUCAGCGCCUGUACACAGAGCUGAAAGCGAUCUUCUACCAUUGGCGCCUCUGUCAGCCCCUGUUCGCCAUCGCAAAACAGCCUCUGCUCUAUGUCAGGGGAAUCGUUCCUCGGGCCUGUUUCCAAGCCUUGUCCAGGCUCAGUUACCUCUGUCAGAGUAAGAGGUUGAGGGAUGUAAUUUGCGGGGAUCUGCUGCCCUCAGCAGAGAUGGUCACAGCCUUGAGUGCCAAGUACGGAGUUCCCCUCGCUGAUGAGGAUCUCUUCCCUCAGAAACCUCCUUCGCUCUCGCUUUCCUCUGAUGAUUAUGCAGUACCAGGAAAAGUUAGAGGAGUGAAACAGGCAGUAUGUGUUUCAUUAGAUAACGACAAUGAAAAGUGUGUGCAGCGGAAGGAAGAAAUAGCAAGGAAAACAUCUUUUGAGAGAAGCCGUAGGGCUGCCAUGGGUGCUCUAUGCCAACUCAAAGGCAAGACGAAAAAGCCAAAGUUUGAAACUUUCCGGAUUUCUCCCGUCGAUGGGAAAUCUGUCUUUAACUACAGCUGUCAGAGCCUGAAUUCUGCAGAACUCGCAAAGAAGCAUCUUCGCCAGGAACUGGCAAAGGAACCAAAGAAGAUAUUCACUUAUUGUCCUGAGUAUCUGUCAGCCACAUUUGAGCCAGUGGAUGUGGUUGCUGCCUCUAAGGAAUCCUCUGCAAAAUCCAAGAGUAUGUGGCUGUCACCGGAGGGAUUUGUCGUUCCUGGGUUGAAGAGCAGCAUCAGGAGCACCCUGCAGCCUCUGGUGCCUGGAGGGGCACGUCGGGAGGAGUUACGAAAGAAAUGGCAGGACGCUAACGUGGAGCCAGUGUUGUCACGAGACAGAUGGAGCUGGGACAAACGGCACAUUGAUUUUGAGCUUUAUAAGAAGCCACCUGAGCUCUUCAUGACAACAGCCCCGCUGACGGACACGAAGCAGAUUGUGCGGGCCGGGCUGGAUGGUGCCGAGGUGAAAGCCCCGCGCUGCCCCGCAGCAGCCGAGUUCCGCGCGCGGGGGCCGAGGGCCGGGCUGCAGCUGCAGCACCUCCGAGGGCUUCCGAAAGGUGAACCUCUGGAAUCCUCGGUCAGGAAGGCAGGAGCAGUUUUGAAGAAGGCACCAUCAGCAGGAGCAGGAGGCGGCACCACCCCCCUCAGGCAGCAGAAGAGCCUUCCCAGAGCGAUGCAGUAGCGCCAAGUUACUGGGGAUACCGCUCCUGAGCCUCAGAGUUGGGACGACCCCACACCCACAGCUGAGCAGGAGAUGGUUUUGGUAAUAAAUCCAGGAGUGUGUCUCAGGGCCGGUGAAGUUAAUCAGUUUGCAUUUGUCUAACACUUAUUUGUAGCAAAUUUUCUUGUCCUGUAGUGUAACUGUUACCAUGAAACUUUAAAUGAACUACUAUCCAACCACCUGUGUGCCAAACUUUCACUUCACUGUCAAUAGAAGGACAAAAUGUUGUUAUUAUAUGUUAUUAUUUAUGAAUGAUUAUAUGGAAAGAGUUUGGGAAGAACUGCAUGGUAUUAGCAGGUUUAAGAGAACAUGCACAUUUCUCAUUCUUUCAUAAAUGCGUGUGUAUGCGUUAAAGUAUUUUGAACUCUGACAGGCCACUGCUGUGGUUCCUGCCCCCAUCCGUUCAGAAACGUUCUGCUGCGCUGUACUUCUAAGGGAGAGUUUCCUGGGAUAGAUAGAUACAGGUUCCUAACCAAUGUGGAGUGUUGUUUGGGGUGUAAGCUCUUUGUCACUGAGGUUCUGCAGAGCCGGGGGCAGGAGCGCUCUCAGGGCCGCGUCACCCUCGUGCACGUUCCGGAGCUGAGGGGACAGCUGGCUCACUGGGAAAACACACAGCAGCCUUGUGAAACAUGCAGAGGCUGUGACGUGAGGAAGGGCUGAGGCUGGAUUGUGCCUCUUCAUCACAAAACACGUAGUGAAGCAGAAUGGUCGUAACUACUGCGUGUUACGCUACGUGAUCCAAGCAGCGCAGAUAUUAAAUGGCUAGGGCUGGUAGCAAAGCACUUACUUCGUGGUCGUGGUUUCUUAGGCCGAUACUGAUAGAGCGGCUGGCUCUGGAAAUAGCUGCUGUCAUUGCGUAUAAAUUAAUGACAAUAUCUGCCACCCUCUUCAGAACCAGCUGCUCAUCCACUAUUGUCUAGAAGAGUAAAAAUUAUUAUUAGCUUGUAGUUUGUCAAUUUAAGACUUUAACCAAACAUUUAGAUUGGAUCGUGGGAACAAUUUCUUCCCAAAGGGCUGGAGUCACCAUCCCUGGAGCGCUGGACAGAUGGAGAUGAGGCUCUCAGGACACGGGGCAGUGCCAGGGGUGGGGGAACGGUUGGACUCGAUGAUCUUGAGGGGCUUUUCCAAACAAAAUGAUUCUGUGAUUUUUUUUCACAGUUUUAUUUAGGUUCAUACUUACUUAGCAUAGACAGGUAAGUUGUUAUAUUGAAUUCUACCCCAAGGAAAAAAGUUUUGGAUUAACUCUCCUCCACCUUCUAACAGUUUUGGAUUAACUGCACUUAAACUAUGUUUUGGAUUAACUACGUAUGUUCCACCUUGUAACAGUCUGUCUGCAGCCAACACUAAAAUUGCUGUGUCUUGAUACCACUCUGGUAAAUGCCAAAGAUCACAGAAAUUAAAGACCAAAUAUAUUCAGGCUGUGCAAAAGACGUGUCAGCUGAGGUGGGCGCUCCCAGAACAACCAGACUGGCACAGAACGGAAAAUCCAUGGGAUUCUAAGUUCAGUCCCUCCUCUUAACUACAGCACCUUGCAGGGCAGAAUUCUAGAUUUGUUGGCUGUACAGUUUGGAGGAACAGCAUAAAAUGGUUACGGAUAAACUAGUCAGGAAUGAAGAGAACAGCAAAAAUAAGUUACCUUGCCAAACCUACUUAGCAGGCCUCUCACUGUAGUUCCAAAAUAAUAGAUGUUUUCUUCAAGUUUCUUGCUGCUUUCCUAUGAAACAAAACAGAAAAUACAAGACGUGAGUAGCCGGCCUUCUAAGGGGAAAAAUAAAACUAAAAUCACUGUUUCUAUGCAGCCCUGGGGUCCUGAACUCCAACUAAUAGUGAAUUUUCUCUUGACAACAACUUUCUACCAUUCAUCCAGUUUGCUGCUGGAAGGCAGAAAGGCACUACUCUCUUCUAUAAAAUAUACAUGAAAAUGCUCAAAAUGUUACUUUUGGUAACUUUUUAGUACAGUCUUUGUGCUCAUGCAAGCAAUAGUUUGAAAAAUUCCUAUGCAACAUUUAGUUCUGCACAGCAAACCUAAUUCUUACUCCAAGUGCUGCAGGUUAUGAAAAACCCUGAAAAGGAAGAUUAUCUGGUACUACUGUGUGAAUUCACCAACACUCUCAAACUCUGAUUUUAAGUAGGAAGAACAUUUCCAGUGUCAUAUUUGCCUUUUAUUAAUUCCUAAACUCAACUAAUUCACAAUGCUGAUUCUUGUAAUACGAAUGUAAGUAAGCUAUUCAGGGGAGAUGGGCCUCCAGCUGUCAGCGUGGUCAGAACCGCUGCAGGUGCGACGAUCCACCCGCGUGUGAGCUGACCCAAAGGCGGUGCCUGUCGUGACCCUCCUGAUGUGAAUGGACCCGUAUUAAGAGGUCCUCACAACUCCCCUUACCUGUGUGCCUGAACCAGCUGUCCUGGGGGCAGGGGCUCUGACACUAAAACCCAGCUUGGUGCAGUUUUCAAAUUGCUAACAAAACAUCAUAGGAAAAAGAUACUGCACCAUUUUCUCUUAACAGAACAUUCAGCUUUGGUCAUGGUUAUUUAUGUUGUUUGCAUUCUUAGCUAAAAAAACUGUGCUAACAGAAAAAAUACUGUGUUUUGUAACCGAGCUUAUUAUGAAGGGCAGCAACAGACCACUGCAAAGUGGAUACUGUGAGGUCUCAAUUUCUAUGAAUUACUACAAUGGCUACAAAUAUAGACUUAGCUAUAGAUAUUCUAUGUGUACACAGCAAGGUAAAAUGAAGACUGCUCUAAGUCCUUACCCCUGCAAUGGUAUAAACAUCUGCUGAAAUGUGUCAGUGUCCCAGGUGUCACCCUGGCCCUGUUGGCCCCGUACCUGCAGGCUGGGAUGGGCCACCCCGCGAUCACCAACCAGCCCAUAAUCCACCUUCCUGCCCAUGGUGUCCCGUAACUUGGCCAGGAACUCCCCCAGCGCCAGUCCCACGUUGCCUCUCUUGAUUUCUCUGCAACAGAGGGUGAACAACAGCUGGCAAAGGCCACUCCUGGUUUGCACGGGAAGUUGCAGGAGGUUCAGAUAACCAGUUGAAACAUUAAGUGCUUUAUAUAACCCCUGCAGUCUGCCUAUGAAUCAUCAAGUCUUUUGAGCCAUUUUACUAUGAACAAUUAUAAAAUAUGUGACAUAGUUCAUGGUCAGUUCCUCUCGAAUAUACAAUAAGUUCCAGAGAUGAGUAUGUGUACUCAGUAUAUGUGCAACACAGCUGUCUUUCUUACCAAUAAAACUUUGAUAUAAAAUCUUAAUAAAACUUUAAUUUAUAAAAUAAUAUAAAAACUUU